CUCUGAGAAAUAAAUCAUUUCAAACUCCGACACCCACUCUUGAGUGGCAAACCUAACAAAAAAGAAAACAUCAUUCCAGCCAACCUAGCCUACCAACCAACCUAACUGGGCCUAAACUUAGCGGGCUCUGAUGAACUAUGCGCUGGAUGUCGAGCCUCCGAGACGACCGCCCGAGUCGGAAAUUCAAACUCCGUGCCUCCUCGGUAUUCGUCCCUGCCACGCAACUGGACUCGAAUAUAUGUAGCCCUACUUGAACUCACAAUUACAAACUAACGAUAUCAAUGGCAACUCAACCACCACCACCUAACAAAUGGAUAUCUUGGUUGUCGCAGAUUUAUAGCUCGGGCAAGGGGCCAGUGCUCGGUACGGUCGAUGUCCAGGAAAUCGAGGAUAAAGCCCGCGAGGUCAUGAAAGACAAUUCUAUUGCGUACCAGUAUGCACAGAAGAGUGCAGGUACCAGUUCGACCGAUGAUGCCAAUAGGAAGGCAUUUGACAGGUGGAAGCUCGUCCCGCGCAUGCUAAACAACGUGACAUUGCGCAAUAUUGAGACGACAAUUUUGGGUAUGAAGGUCUCUUCACCAGUAUUCGUAGGACCAGUCGGCAAACAAGGUCUGGUACAUGUUGAUGGAGAGCUUGCAACAGCUCGUGCAGCUGCGGCAGUCGGUGUACCGAUGAUUCUGAGUUCUUCUUCGUCGCGGUCCCUUGAGGAUGUAGCAGAAGCAAACGGGCCGAAUGGCCAACGGUGGUAUCAAUUUUAUUGGCCUCGAUCUACCGAUGUGGCAUUGUCCGUCAUCAAACGCGCGAAGGAAAAUGGGUAUACUGCUCUUGUUAUCACGGUUGACACGAUGAUUAUCGGAUGGCGAUCGCAUGACCAUCGCAUCGGAUACAGUCCUGCGGGACAUGGCUUCGGCGUUCAACAGGGUAUGGCGGAUCCAGUAUUUAUGAAGCGCCAUGGACUCGUCGCUCGCCAUGAUCAUCCAAAGUUUCCAUUUGAUCAGGAAGAAAUCAGGAGGAAAGCAGCGGCAGGUGACGAGGAAACGAAACAAUCGAUGUUCCUAGCAAGCCAGUGGCUUGCCGAGACGGGGUCUGGGAUUUUCAGAACAUGGGACGACCUUCAAUUCGUCAAGGACAACUGGGAUGGUCCCAUCUUGCUCAAGGGAAUACAAGCCGUCAACGACGCAGAGAAGGCGAUCGAUAUGGGGAUCGACGGGAUUGUCGUCUCUAAUCACGGGGGUCGUCAAAUAGAUGGCGCAAUAGCCUCAUUGGAUGCGCUCGACAUGAUCAUGCGCUCACAGAAAGUUCUUGACGCGCAAAAAUCGGGCAAAUUAACUGUCCUAUUUGAUUCCGGAAUUCGAACAGGCAGUGAUGUGAUUAAGGCGCUUGCAAUGGGAGCACAGGGUGUUUUAAUUGCCCGACCGAUUGUUUAUGGACUAGCGAUAGCCGGCCAAGCGGGGGUAGAGCAAAUUUUAAUGCAAACCAUCUGUGAUUUGCACAUUACGAUGGGUUUGUGCGGAAUAAGCGAUGUGAAUGACCUGAUAGGUAAACGGGAUGAACUGUUGGUCAAGGUAGACUACGGAAUAGGCACGCGUACUUUCGUAAAGUCCUUGAUGUAGACCACAUUCACUCCACUGGUCCCUGUAAUAAUUAUUUAGAUUUAUAGAUUUAUAUUCUUUAAGGCGACGCUACCGUUGUUCAUAUCUU